UGGACGGACAGCGAGAUGAAGUGGCUCCUCUCUCCCUCUCUCAGGUGUCCCCUGUGUUGUUGUGCGGUAAACAGAUAACCUGCACUCGCUGCUGCUCACAGGGGACCUCGCUCAUGGAGCGGUGACACACUUUCGUUUCCCAGCAUGCAGCAGGAGCUUUGGCUGAGGGCUCUUCUUGAUACCCGCGUGUGCAAUGAGAUCGGCCGCUUCACAAACACUCCCGACUAGACCGUCCGAACAAGAACUCAAAAAUGCCUUAUCCAACAGCCUCGCAGGACACAACCACGUCUCCAACUCCAGCAGACCAGCACAGUCCAGAGCAAAGACGCCCACAGACACAUUUGAUUGUAGUUCUUUGCAUCAUCAUGGCGAUAAUCGAGAAAAUGCAGAUAAAUGUGAUAUUGCUGAGGGCCCCUGGAACCUGAACAACCCGGUGAAAGCCUCAAGGAGCCAUCAGGAGCUUCACAAAGAGCUGUUACUGGCCCACAAAAAGUGGGACAGAGGGCUGGUGGUGUGCUGUAAGCCGGAGCUUCAGAUGGUCCUGGAGAGGAGGAAGAGAGAGCAGACCCAGAGAGAGGAGGGAGAGCAGAGCAAGAGUCCCCUGGAGCAGGUGCUGCAAGAACGCCAGAGCAAACAUCAGGAGAUGAUGAAGGAGAAGGAAGAGGAGCAGAGGUUGCAUGAGGAGGUUCAGCUCUUGGAGUUUGUCCGAGUGAGACAGAACCUGAGGAAAGUCCACACAGCUCUACAGAAGAACCUCCACUCUUGAAUCUGACCAGCGCUGAUCUGACUAAAGGCAUGCUUCAUUUAGCCAUUCAGCUUUAUUUGCAAAUAAAGUACACAGUGUU